UGUUCCUCUAGUCUUAGUCCGACCCGUAAGGCAGAACUGGCUUUUGCUUUGGGGUUGAGGCUCCGUUCCAUCGAUCCCACUCCAACAAAAUGGCCGAUAAUACCUAGUUUAAUGCACCGUUCACUCUUCACACGCCUCUUUCUCCCCUCGCCCUCCCUACCUACCCUCUCCCUUGCUCCGGCCUCUCACCCCGUGAGAGCGCUCAACCCCCCAUGAUGUCAAAGAGACGGUUAUUUCGCUGGCCUGCGCCCCGAACAGUCUGCUUAGGAUGUUUAGCGCUAGUCUUCACCACGUUGGUGACGCUGUUCCUAUACAUGGGACAGCCAUUGGACAUGCAACCUGUAUCAGGCCCCGAGCCCGUGAACAACCAAGUCUUUCGUCAAUUAUCCGAAAUCACGAACACCUACACCAAUGCGAGCGAGAUAGGACUAGUGUUGGCCGCCACGCAGACGGAGAAUCUAGAUUGGCUUCUCAGCUAUUGCCGAGAUCAUGGGACAAUCCCUUUUAUCUACACCACAGACUCCAUUCCCGCCCCUUACCUCCUCAUCCCUCACACAACCCGCGGUCGCGAGUCUACCGCCUAUCUAUCCUACAUCGUAGAUUACUACGACCAGCUCCCGAAGUACUCGAUCUUUAUCCACUCCGGCGUCGACCAGUGGCACAACGACCUUUUCGGCCCACGUACCAGCUCCGCCCUACCUCAUCUCCGGCUCGAAGCCGUCGACGCCCAGGGAUACGUUAAUCUCCGCUGCGAGCAUAACCCGGGUUGCCCCACGAGCGUCAACCCGUGGGAACCGACGCAGAUCGAUAUCGAAAAGGACGACAUCCGCGCGUUCUUCCCGCAGGUCUAUGAGACCUUGUUCAACGUCGGCUCGGAGAAGGUCCCCCAGCACAUCGGCAAUGUCUGCUGCGGGCAGUUCGCCGUGAGCCGUGAGCGGAUCCUGGAGCGUCCGCGACAGGAUUAUGAGCGCAUGUUGAAGUGGGCGGGGGAGACAGAGUUAACGGAUAGUUUCGGUGUUGGGUGGGUGUUUGAGAAGGUGUGGCAUAUCAUCUUUGGCAUGGACGUGAUAUAUUGUCCGCGUUACGAACAGUGCCGCUGCGACACAUAUGGAUGGUGCGGUCCGUUACCAUCGGGUGAAACGCUGCAGGCAGUGCGAGCCCCGGGGUCUAAGGGAAAAUCGAUCUGAGUGGAAUGAUUGUUAAUGUUGAUGUAUAGUACCAUGGAUAUACACUGGUUACGACGAGUUUAGCAUGCAAAUUGCACCUAAUUGAUGUUUUUUUCCGACGAAAAUUCACAUGGCUCUUAAGUGAGACUCAAUUUAAAAGACGGAAUU